ACGCACUGUCGCGUGCGAGCGUUCAGGCGUGGGAGUCGCCGUUCGCCAAUAAAACGGGAGGCUGUGCGCUCUGCCCGUCUGUCCCAGAGCGAUGGAGAGCAAAGACGGUGUGAGAGAGGGGGCUGACAAAGGCGGACCCGCCGCCGAUUUCCAUGAGAGGGUGCAGGGCAUGUUGGAGAGAGCAAAGCAGCUUCAGCCGGAGGAGCUGACGUUCCGCUACAACGGGGUCCUGUACCCCACGGUACUUUGCUCCGUGCAAACACUGCAGGCUCUCGGCAACUUCCAGGCUCGUCCCGAAGACCUGGUGAUCUCUUCCUACCCCAAAUGCGGAUUUAAUUGGGUGAAUUUGUUACUUUGGGAUAUUGCCACUGUCAAUCAGAAUGAAUCCAAAGACGGGAAACCUGGAGACCUAAGUAAAAUCAAGUUAUUGGAAUUUGAAAGUGCUCGGAGCUAUGAGAUGAUGAAAAGUUUUCCGUCACCCCAUAUCUAUGGCACGCACAAUCAUUACAACAAUUUACCACCAUCUAUAAUUGAGAAGAAAACAAAGAUACUGGUUGUAUUUCGCAAUCCCAAAGACAAUGCAGUGUCCUAUUAUCACUUCUGUCAGAAUAAUCCUUUGCUGCCCAACUCUGCAUCUUGGGAUGAGUUCUUCAGAAAGUACAUGACUGGAGAAGUCUGUUGGGGCUCCUACUUCGAUAAUGCUGUUGUGUGGGAGAAACAUGUUGAUGAUGAGAAUGUGAAGAUUAUAACAUACGAAGAGCUGAAAGAGGACUUGGCAAAGGGGGUACAGUCAAUUGCAGAGUUCUUCGCCCUCUCUCUGAGUGAGGAGCAGAUUCAAAAGAUUGCCGGCAGAGGUACCUUCCAGACCAUGAGUGAUAACUCUGAGAAAACUCACUCCAGCUUCGGCAAGGUUAUCUUCCGAAAGGGUGUGGUUGGAGACUGGAAAACCCUUUUCACCAAAGAGCAGAGUGAAGAGAUGGAUGCAAAGUUUGAAGCAUGUUUAGCUGGCACAAAAAUAGGAGCAAUGUUGAAGUAUGACCUCUACUGUAAGGAGUAAUUAACAACACUGUGAAUAUUAUGACAGACAAGGAAUACAUUCUGUUUAGAAACGGCAAGUAUUUAGAACUGUGAAUUCAAAACACACUGGCAAACAUCCAAACCCAUUUAUUUAAACCAAGAAAAUGCAAAAAUAAGCAAGAAGAUCACCAGACAAUGACAUCUGAAUGUUGCAAAUUCAGAGCUAAACCUCUUGUGGCUUUGUAAUUCCAUGACUGUAACGUUUAGCAUUUCAAGCUCUCAGCUUCUUUCACCCCAUGCGCCCUCCCUGUCUCCACAAAGGUGACCAGUACCAAUCUACAAAAAUCCUCCACAGAAACCAAUCCAGUCCAAACUGCAUUGCAAUUCAUCAAAGCUAAACACAGCCUGAAGUGUACUGUAAUAUCACAGUUUCACAAACUCUGCAAUGCUGGAGCUGCAAUAUGGCAUGCUCAGGACAAGGACAAUUAUAGGUCAUUGCAGUAAGAUUUGUUGUCAGUUGCAGACAAGCAAGCAGAGCAGUUGUCACUACCUCAGACACAGGGUGGAGGUCACAAUGAUUGCUACCUUCACCAUGGUUUUAUUAUUGGAACAGUAGGGCUAAAGAAGCAGAUGAAAUUCUCCUUUAGAUGAAAAAAUCGCAUUUAAAUUGUUUUUAAAUGUCCGAAGAUGCUACACACAUUGUGAGCACCUUUUUACAAGUGGUUUUACUUAAAUAAGAUAGUAAAAACUGAAGACAUGUUUUACAGUUUUGUGAUUCAUUUGGGUGAAUAAUUUAUUUUCAUAUUUCUGCUAUUAGGAGCCACUGACAACAUUUCAAAAGUGCUAGACUUUGAAAGUUAGAAUUAAUUACUAUUUCUCUAAACUAUAGAGAAGGGAAUUCUUAACCUUUCUUCAGGAAUUAUGUCUCCAUAUUUUUGCUGUUAAUUUGUAUCAUUCUGAAUUCCUCAGUCUUUGUUGUAAAAAACAUUCCAAACAAUGAAAAUUCUGGUAUCAAAAAAUAAAAUGAA